AUGGAGAGCCUCAAAGCUUUUGUGGCGGCGUAUGUGGUGCAGGGGGACCAUUGGGCCGCAUGGCAGCUGGUGCAAGAGGCAAGCGGCAGCGGGCCCGGUGGUGGCGCGGAUGCGCAUGCCAGCCUGCUUCAGGCGCUGGUGACCUCGUGGGAGGGGCUUCCGGCUGAGCAGCUGCCUGCUCCUGUGCUGCGUGCGGCGGCCGAGGCAGCUGCGACAGAGGGCUCUGCGCAAACGGCAGGACGCGUGCUCAGCCUGCUAGCUGCGGCCCAAGGCACCAGCGUUGCGGCGGCGACGCUGUCUCUAGGCAACGCUGCCGUUACGGCGCACCUGUUGUCGCUGCUCAAGACAGGCUCCACGAAGCCUGCCGCGGCGCUGGAGGCAGCAGCAGAUUUGGCAGAGGCAGCCGUUGCUGCUGGUCAGAGGCUGCCGCACGGCACAUGGGCGCAAGUGCUCGAGCAUGUUGGAGGUGGAGCUGGCUUCAUCAGCAGCACAGCAGGCGCGCAGCUGGCGCUGCUGGCACAGGAGCAGCUGCUGUCGCAAGCGGCCGCUGCGUUUGAGGCGGCAGAGCGCAGCUGUGCAAAUGAGACGGGCCGCGUGCUGACCGGCCAGCGGCUUGUAGAGGUGCUGCUGGCCGCUCUGACGUCACCACUGCUGUCCGGAGGCAACGUCUUGGCAGAGCGUCGUGCCGCGGAAGCUGCCACAGCAGCCGCUGGCGCAAAACCAGAGGUCCAGCAGCAGCUGGCAGGCGGUUGGGCAGCAGCUGCGCGGCGCGCUAGCGAGCUGUGGGCACGCCUUGCGGUUGCCUGCGCCGAGGCAGCCCAGGAGUCUCCAGAAUUGCCGGGGCACUGGCUGCAGUUCCCGCCCGGCUGCCGGCGGGAGGACGAGGCGGCGGCGCGGCGGCUGGCUGUGCGGCUGUGCGCGUCUGUGGGGCUGUCGGAGGCGGCGGUUCAAAUGUACCAGGAGUUCCGGCAGGCGGGCGGGCAGCCUGAACUGGAAGGGGGCCUGCUGGAGGCGGCGCUGGCGGCGGCGCACGAUGCGGGGGCGGAGGUGUCAACCGGAUCUGCAGCUCCCGCCGCCAUCAUGCGCACAGCUCAGUCCCUCUGCCCCACCGGCACCACCUGGGUGCCCAAAGACCCCACCGCAUGGCGUGCAUUCUUCGCCACGCUUGCCAGCAGCGCAGCCCACAGUGCCAACGGGGGCGAGUGCGACGCGGCCGCGGCGGCAGUGGGGGCGGUGGAGGCGCUGCUGCUUGACAGCGACGCCCUGUGGUCAGCGGGGGGCCAGGUGGCUGCCCUGCCUCUAGAGGCGGUCGCAGAGGGGCUGGGCGCGCUCGUGCCAUGGGCGCCCAGCGCACCAGUGGGCGCGGCGGCCGCUGCUCGGCGGCUGCUGACCACAUGCGAGCUGCGGGGCGGGCAGCAGCAGCAGCUUCAGGCUCCUCCAGCUGCUCAUCGCGGCGGCUCGCCAGGCGGCAGCGGCAAACGCAGGGGUGCAGCUGCUUCAUCGCACUCGUCCCGUGCGGCAGGCAUCACCGCCUUGCGGCCUGCUCUGCCCGACGCUGAUGGCGGCAUCUACUCGGCAGCUGCCGCCGUGCUGGCUGCAGCCGGCGAUCUGGCUGGAGCUGUCAUGAUGCUCGCGCCGCUCAUCUCUGGUGCCAAGGGGCAUGCAGCUUUAUGCGGCGACAGUAGUGGCUCUUCCAAUGCUCAGCAGCAGCAGCAGCAGCAGCAGCAGCAGCAGCAGCAGCAGCAGCAGCAGCAGCAGCAGCAGCGGCAGCGGCAGCGGCAGCGGCAGCGGCAGCAGCAGCAGCAGCAGCAGCAGCAGCAGCAGGUGGGCGCUGAGCUGCUAUGCCUGCUGCCUCCAGGCCGCCGCGCUGCGGCUGCGGCGCCGGUCCUGCACCUGCUCGCUGCGGGGGGCGUGGGUGCGGUCACGUCACCUGCCCUGGUGGAGGCGCUAACUGGGGAGAACCUGGAUGAUGCAGCUGAGGCUGACCUGGUGGAGGCGUUUGGGGACACCUUCGUGGAGGAUCUGAUGGUGGCCGCGUUUGAGGGCCUGCCCGCGCUUGGCUGCGGCAACACGGGCUCUGCGCAGGACGCUGGUGUGACGGGCGGCCUGGCACUGCUUGCGAGACAUGCCGGGGCCGCGGGCGGCGACGAGGGCGGCGGCUGCGAUGCAGCCCUGCGGGCCCUGCUGCGUGCUAUUGCAAGCUGA